AAGUUAAUCAUGAACUGGAAAUUUUUAUAAACUCGAAAGACAUGCUACAUCAUUCAUUAUUAAAUCUUCCAAUUUGCAGGCAAAAAGAAUGAUACUACACGGGUGAUCAUAAUCAUAGUGACUAUUGUGGUAGUCACAACUGUCAUGAUAAUUGCUUUACUUUGUAUUUUUAUUAGAUUGAGGAGGAAAAAGAAACCAACUCCUCAGCCUCUACCCAAUGAAACUGUUCAUAGCGAAAGUAUGGAGAUUGGCUCUGCUGAAUCUUUACAGUAUGACUUUAGUACAAUUAAAGAAGCAACAAAUGAUUUUUCAGAAGAAAAUAAGCUUGGACGAGGUGGAUUUGGAGCAGUUUACAGGGGUAUGCUAACAAAUGGACAAGAGAUAGCAGUAAAGAGACUAGCAAGGGAUUCUGGUCAAGGUGACGGAGAAUUUAAGAAUGAGGUUCUGCUAGUUGCGAAGCUUCAACAUCGUAAUUUGGUUAGGCUGCUUGGUUUCAGCAUAGAAGGAGCCGAACGACUUCUCGUUUAUGAGUUCUUACCAAAUGCUAGUCUUGAUCGCUUUAUAUUUGAUCCAACUAAACGUACGCUUCUUGAUUGGGAAAAACGAUACAACAUCAUUAAAGGGAUUGCCAAGGGGCUAUUAUACCUUCAUGAAGAUUCUCGUUUAAAGAUAAUUCAUCGUGAUAUGAAAGCUAGUAAUGUUUUGCUAGAUGCAGAAAUGAACCCUAAAAUUGCAGACUUUGGCAUGGCAAGAUUGUUUAAUCCAGAGGAAACUCAAGGUGACACCAGUCACAUUGUUGGAACCUACGGCUAUAUGGCACCAGAAUAUGCCAUGCAUGGCCAAUUCUCAGUAAAAUCAGAUGUAUUUAGCUUUGGAGUGUUAGUACUAGAGAUGGUCACCGGUCAGAAAAACCAAUGUUUUCGGAAUGGAGAGAGCAUUGAAGACCUUCUUAGCUUUGCAUGGAAAAGUUGGAAGAAUGGGACCGCAUCAGAGAUGAUUGAUCCCACAUUGACUACUGGAUCAGGAUCAUUGCGUGACAUCAUUAGAAGUAUUCACAUUGGGUUGUUAUGCGUUCAAGAAAAUGUUAGUAACAGGCCAACUAUGGCUUCUAUUGUUCUAAUGCUUAAUAGCUUCUCUAUCACACUUCCGAUGCCAGCCGAACCUGCAUUUUUCAUGCAUAGUAACAUUGAUCCUGAAAUGCCACUCCUCCGGGAAUAUAGUUCUUCAACGGAGAACAGUGGUUUAGAAAAAUCCAAAAUAUCAAAAUCAAGAUCAAGGUCAUCUCAAUUCUCCGUAAAUGAUGUUUCAAUAUCCGAUUUUGUUCCUAGAUAAGUAUCGUGCAUGACAUAUGCUGUGGUAUACUCCAAUCUUUUAGUAUCCGUUAAGAACUUGGAUUUCAUU